AUGUUUACAAAGAAGAAUGGUUGGAGGGAGAGAGGGAAAAGACAAGACGAGGAGGAAAGUCGUGGAAGGCUGCCCGUUGUCCAUCAACCCCAUGCAUACUGCAGACCUUGUCUGAGGGCGCUUAUAGAAACCAUACCCCAUGGCUUCGGAUCCCGCAUCAAAUUCAAAGUGUCAGCUUUCGCUCGUGGCACCCCUGAUGUUUGCGCUUAUGGACCAUGCACGAGUUCUAUGCAAAGUUGUCCGGCUGUAGAUACAGGUCAAGUAAGUGUAUGUAGUGCUGCUAGAUGGGAUGAUACAGUAGAGUAG